GUGGGGGGAGUGAGGAAAGGACGAGUAAAGGCCACAGGCCCUGGCGGCGGUGGGUGGAGGAAGAGAAACCGUGGGAGUGCCGCCACUGCUGCCGCAGCCGCCGCGGCUCAGACGCCGCCGCCCCCCUCCCCGCAACCCCCCUUCCACGCCACCACUACUGUUUCUUCUCCCGGUGUGUGAGAUCGGAGCCUGUGCGUGGAUUUGCGGCUGCCACGGGCUGCAUAGCUCGCGAGGUUUAACCAUAGUAAAGAAAAACCAGCUGUGGAAAACUGAAGCUUAAAGAGACAAAUUAACAGGUCCAGGGCUUUAAAUUCAGCAAAUGACAGAGCCAGGAUUCAAACCAAGUACAGGCAGCCCAGGAUGGAAGGUGCUAAAAUAAGGUGAUAGCAUCUCAUGAUAACUGGUUAUUUCCUGUUCUUCUUUUCCCUCAUCACUGGUUUGGGAAUGUAAAGAAGAAAUCAAGAUGGAUCGAAGUAUGAGUGUGGAUUCGGUCACCAUCUCUGUGGAGGGGAUAACAUGUGAUUCCUGUGUUUGGACCAUUGAGCAGCAGAUUGGAAAUCUGAAUGGUGUAUAUCAUAUUAAAGUUUCACUGGAAGAAAAAAAUGCAACUAUUAUUUAUGACCCUAAACUACAGACUCCAAAGACCCUACUGGAAGCUAUUGAUGACAUGGGCUUUGAUGCUGUUCUCCACAAUCCUAAUCCUCUCCCUGUUUUAACUGAUACUGUGUUUCUGACUGUUGCUGGUUCACUGGCUCUGCCAUGGGAUCAUAUCCAAAACACAUUGCUCAAGACCAAGGGUGUGACAGACAUUAAAAUUUCCCCUCAGCAAAGAACUAUAGUGGUGACAUUAAUCCCUUCUAUAGUGAAUGCCAAUCAGAUAAUAGAGCUGCUUCCAGAUCUCAGUUUAGAUAUUAGAACUCUGGAGAAAAAAUCAGGAACCUGUGAAGAUUACAGUAUGGCUCAAGCAGGUGAAGUCAUGCUGAAGAUGAAAAUUGAAGGGAUGACCUGCCAUUCAUGCACCAGCACCAUUGAAGGAAAAAUUGGGAAGCUGCAAGGUGUUCAGCGAAUUAAAGUCUCCCUGGACAACCAAGAAGCUACUAUUGGUUAUCAACCUCAUCUUAUAACAAUAGAGGAAAUAAAAAAGCAGAUUGAAGCUGUGGGCUUUCCAGCCUUCAUCAAAAAACAGCCCAAGUACCUGAAAUUGGGAGCUAUUGAUAUAGAACGCCUAAAGAAUACACCAGUCAAAUCCUCAGAAGGAUCUCAGCAAAGGAGUCCAUCUUAUACCAGUGAUUCAACAGUCACUUUCAUUAUAGAUGGCAUGCAUUGUAAAUCAUGUGUGUUAAAUAUUGAAAGUGCUUUAUCUACACUCCAAUAUGUAAGCAGCAUAGUAGUUUCUUUAGAGAAUAGAUCUGCCAUAGUAAAGUACAAUGCAAGCUUAGUCACUCCAGAAACCCUGAGAAAAGCAAUAGAGGCCAUAUCACCAGGACAAUACAGAGUUAGUAUUGCUAGUGAAGUUGAGAGUACCUCAAACUCUCCCUCCAGCUCACCUCUUCAAAAGAUUCCUUUGAACAUAGUUAGCCAUCCUCUGACUCAAGAAACUGUAAUAAACAUUGAUGGCAUGACUUGUAAUUCUUGUGUGCAGUCUAUUGAGGGUGUCAUAUCAAAAAAGGAAGGUGUAAAAUCCAUACGAGUAUCUCUUGCAAAUGGCAAUGGGACUGUUGAGUAUGAUCCUCUACUAACCUCUCCAGAAACCUUGAGAGAAGCAAUAGAAGACAUGGGAUUUGAUGCUGCCUUGUCAGAUAUAAAUGAGCCAUUGGUAAUAAUAGGUCAGACCUCAUCGGAAAUGCCGCUUUUGACCUCAACUAAUGAAUUUUAUACUAAGAUGAUGACACCAAUUCACGAUGUGGAGACAAAGACUUCAUCUAAGUGUUACAUACAGGUCACUGGUAUGACUUGUGCUUCCUGUGUAGCAAACAUUGAACGGAAUUUAAGACGAGAAGAAGGAAUAUAUUCUGUACUUGUGGCUCUGAUGGCUGGCAAGGCAGAAGUAAGAUACAAUCCUGUUGUUAUACAACCUCCAAUGAUAGCUGAGUUCAUCCGAGAGCUUGGAUUUGGAGCCACUAUGAUAGAAAAUGCUGAUGAAGUAGAUGGUGUUUUAGAACUUGUUGUGAGAGGAAUGACGUGUGCCUCCUGUGUACAUAAAAUAGAGUCUAUCCUCACAAAACACAGAGGGAUCUUCUACUGCUCUGUGGCCCUGGCAACCAACAAAGCACAUAUUAAAUAUGACCCAGAAAUUAUUGGUCCCAGGGAUAUUAUCCAUAUGGUUGAAAGCUUAGGUUUUGAAGCUUCUUUGGUCAAGAAGGAUCGGUCAGCAAGCCACUUGGACCAUAAACGAGAAAUAAGACAGUGGAGACGAUCCUUCCUUGUGAGCCUCUUUUUCUGUAUUCCUGUGAUGGGGCUGAUGAUAUAUAUGAUGGUUAUGGAUCACCAUCUAGCAAUUCUUCACCAUAAUCAGAACAUGAGUCAAGAAGAAAUGAUCAACAUUCAUUCUUCUAUGUUCCUGGAGCGCCAGAUCCUGCCAGGAUUGUCCAUUAUGAAUUUGCUAUCCUUUUUAUUGUGUGUACCUGUACAGUUUUUUGGAGGCUGGUACUUCUACAUUCAGGCCUACAAAGCACUGAAGCAUAAAACAGCAAAUAUGGAUGUACUGAUUGUGCUGGCAACCACCAUUGCAUUUGCCUACUCUUUGGUUAUUCUUCUGGUUGCAAUGUAUGAAAGAGCAAAAGUAAACCCUAUUACUUUCUUUGAUACACCUCCUAUGCUAUUUGUGUUUAUUGCACUAGGCCGGUGGCUGGAACAUAUAGCAAAGGGAAAAACAUCAGAGGCACUUGCCAAGCUAAUUUCACUACAAGCUACAGAAGCAACUAUUGUAACUCUUGACUCUGAUAAUAUUCUCCUAAGUGAAGAACAAGUGGAUGUAGAACUUGUACAACGUGGAGACAUCAUUAAAGUGGUUCCAGGAGGCAAAUUUCCGGUGGAUGGCCGUGUUAUUGAAGGACAUUCUAUGGUAGAUGAGUCCCUCAUCACAGGGGAGGCAAUGCCUGUGGCUAAGAAAUCUGGCAGCACAGUAAUUGCUGGUUCCAUUAACCAGAAUGGGUCACUACUUAUCCGUGCAACCCAUGUUGGAGCUGAAACAACACUAUCUCAAAUAGUUAAACUUGUGGAAGAGGCACAAACAUCAAAGGCUCCUAUCCAGCAGUUUGCAGACAAACUCAGUGGCUACUUUGUUCCCUUUAUUGUUAUUAUUUCCAUUGCUACCCUUUUGGUUUGGAUUAUAAUUGGAUUCCUGAAUUUUGAAAUUGUGGAAACCUACUUUCCUGGAUAUAACAGAAGUAUCUCCCGAACAGAAACGAUAAUACGCUUUGCUUUCCAAGCGUCUAUCACAGUUCUGUGCAUUGCAUGCCCCUGUUCACUGGGACUAGCCACUCCAACUGCUGUGAUGGUGGGUACAGGAGUAGGCGCUCAAAAUGGCAUACUAAUCAAAGGUGGCGAGCCAUUGGAGAUGGCUCAUAAGGUGAAAGUAGUCGUAUUUGAUAAGACUGGAACCAUUACCCAUGGAACCCCAGUAGUGAAUCAAGUAAAGAUUCUAGUGGAAAGUAACAGAAUAUCACGCAAUAAGAUCCUGGCCAUCGUGGGGACUGCUGAAAGUAAUAGUGAACACCCUCUAGGAGCAGCCAUAACCAAAUACUGCAAACAGGAGCUGGACACUGAAACCUUGGGUACCUGCAUAGAUUUCCAGGUUGUGCCAGGCUGUGGUAUUAGCUGUAAAGUCAUCAAUAUUGAAGGCUUGCUACAUAAGGAUAACUGGAAGAUAGAGGAAAAUAAUAUUAAAAAUGCAUCCCUGGUUCAAAUUGGUGCAAAUAAUGAACAGUCAUCAACUUCAUCUUCCAUGAUUAUUGAUGCCCAGCUCUCAAAUACUCUUAAUGCUCAGCAGUACAGAGUCCUCAUUGGUAACCGGGAGUGGAUGAUUAGAAAUGGUCUUGUUAUUAACAACGAUGUAGAUGAUUCCAUGACUGAACAUGAAAGAAAAGGUCGGACUGCUGUAUUGGUGGCAGUUGAUGAUGAGCUGUGUGGUUUAAUAGCUAUUGCUGAUACAGUGAAGCCUGAAGCAGAAUUGGCUGUCCAUAUUUUGAAAUCUAUGGGCUUAGAAGUAGUUCUGAUGACUGGAGACAACAGCAGAACAGCUAGAUCUAUUGCUUCUCAGGUUGGCAUCACAAAGGUGUUUGCUGAAGUUCUUCCUUCUCAUAAGGUAGCUAAGGUGAAGCAACUUCAGGAAGAAGGGAAAUGGGUUGCAAUGGUAGGAGAUGGAAUCAAUGACUCUCCAGCUCUGGCUAUGGCUAAUGUAGGAAUUGCCAUUGGCACAGGUACAGAUGUAGCCCUUGAAGCAGCUGAUGUGGUUUUGAUAAGGAAUGAUCUUCUGGAUGUAGUGGCAAGUAUUGACUUAUCAAGGAAGACAGUCAAGAGGAUUCGGAUAAAUUUUGUUUUCGCUCUCAUUUAUAAUCUAGUUGGAAUUCCCAUAGCUGCUGGAGUUUUUAUGCCUAUUGGUUUGGUUUUGCAGCCCUGGAUGGGAUCUGCUGCAAUGGCUGCUUCAUCUGUUUCAGUAGUACUUUCUUCUCUCUUCCUUAAACUUUACAGAAAACCAACUUAUGAGAAUUAUGAACUGCAUGCGCGAAGCCAGAUGGGACAGAAAAGGCCUUCGGAAAUCAGCGUUCAUGUUGGAAUAGAUGAUACAUCAAGAAAUUCUCCUAAACUGGGUUUGCUGGACCGGAUUGUUAAUUACAGCAGAGCCUCCAUAAAUUCACUACUGUCUGAUAAACGGUCCCUAAAUAGCAUUGGUACCAGUGAACCUGACAAGCAUUCACUUCUGGUGGGAGACUACAGGGAAGAUGAUGACACCACAUUGUAACAGGCCAUCCAGCUGAUGAUGUUAUGCACUGAUACAGCAUUAAUGAUGUCUUCUUAACUUUUCAAAAUAUUGUGGAAGGAUUUUCCAUUGGUCUCAUGCCCUUAUGUUAGGGAAUCUAUCUGACUUGCAUUUGUCUAAUGGCAAAAAUAUUGUUUUUCAGAGCAUUGGCUCUUAACCUAGCUUUAUUUAAAGUGAAUUUCCAAUUCUUUUUAUUUUCACUAGAAACAGAGAAUGUAGGCCAGUAAGAUUUACAACAAGCCCUACAAUUGAAGAUUGCUGAAUUGCUGCUAAAGUGAUAGAUACUUUUUUAUUUGACCAAAAAGAAAAGGCUCAAGAAAAAGGAUACUUAAAAGUUUGAAGAUCUGAGAGCAUGAUCUUGAGGACAUUCUUGAGCUCUCAUCCCUGCCAGGUUGGGGAACAAGGGCUUUUAAAACACUGUAUAAAGCAUGUGGUUUUAGAAGGAAAACAGUAGAAACUGUUUAAAAAUAGAUGUGCCUUAUUUAUUAGUGGCUUUUUCCCCCCUUAUUCUCCCCGCAUCUUUGUCUUUGUGGUUGCUUUCUUAGAUGCACCAGUAGUUUUUUGUUGUUGUUGUUCUUUCAAGUGAGCUAAGUGUAGGCGAUUUUUGAUUGAUAAAAAUAACUGACAACUUUUCCAAUAUCUUUUUCCUUUGUCUUGUAGCCCCCAAAAACCUUGAGGGUCCAUAGGGUUCCCUGUUUCCGAUCUUUCCAUUCCUGUAAAAAAUACAUCAGAUUUUUCUUUCAUUGACUCCCUAGCUCUGUACAGACUUUCAAUUUGUGGGACGCCUGGGUGGCUCAGUGGCUGAGCAUCUGCCUAUGGCUCAGGUCGUGACCCCAGAGUCCCAUGUUGGGCUCCCUGCAGGGAGCCUGCUCCUCCCUGCCUGUGUCUCUGCCUCUCUCUUUCUGUGUCUGUCAUGAAUAAAUAAAUAAAAUCUUUAAAAAAAAACCCUUUCAAUUCGCUCCUGCUGAGUUCCACUAUAAAUUGUUCUUAGUCUUUUCAGCCUUAGUCCAAAAACUUAAGAUUUUGAGCCUCUUCUGCAGUUGACUUUUUCAAAGAUUAACAGUACCAUCUUUAACCUAUACGGGUCCUAUGUAGUUACCUGGAUUCACUAAAUGUGUCCUUUUUUGGAGAGAAUAUAAGACUUUAGCUGGUAUAUAUAAUUUAAUAGAUUUUAAUUAUAUUUUAGUAUUUUAGAUUACUUCUCAAAAUGACUUUAAAAUACUGCUAUUACACAAAGCCGCAUUUACCAAAAAAAUACAAUAAGUUGUACUACAGAAAUGAAAAUCUCCCUAGGUUGUGAUACCUUUUAGCCAAAUCUAUACUUUUCUCUAGUUUAAAGCAUUUGCCCUCACUAGUUAGCAUAGUUCACAAAUUCAGGGGCUGUUCUCAGUGCCAUAUAGAGUUAGAAAUAAUCCCCCUGAGUGCCUAGGAGUUAAUACACUGCUCAGAGAUCUGGUAUUUGUAUCACUAUUGAAAUUCUUCAUUAAUUGCCAGAUAGAUCUCAUAUAUAGAAUAUGGAAGUGAAAAUAAAUAAAUACCUAAUAUUUUGUUCUCAUUGCCAUACGUAAAGCUGUUAGCAUGAUGCCUAGCACCUAGGACUUGUACUCAGUAAAUGUUAGUUCUUUUCUCCCCUUGAGAUCUGUAAUCAAUAUUAAUAAUCAAUUUUUUUAGGACAGAGUCUACAAUCAGGUGGGAGUGGGGGGAUGGGUUUCUUCCUCUCCUACUUCCUUUUUCUUUUAUCCUUUCAUACACUCACAAAAAAAGUUUACAACAUAUUCUAUGUUAGCUUUUCAGAUUUGGGGAAAAAUCUCAUUUUUAUCUCAACUAUCUUAGAGAAUUGAAACUAUUGAUGAAGGUGCUAUUAAUCUAGAAAGGCAAACCCAUUUUAAUGAAAUAUGGAUGCGUUUGUAUGUCUAGGGUCUUUAAACACUUACGCCAUCUUCCAUGCUUCCACUUUGAAUUUUAAUAUUUGUUUUUUAUUUUAACUCUAGUGGUUCCUCAUACCACAACCUAUUUCUUCUAGAAGAAAGAGCUAAUAUGACAAAUGUACAAUAGACUCUUGAAAAAAGAAGCACCUCUCCUUCUCCCUUACUCUUUCUCUGUCUUUGAAACACUUGAACAUAGCCAGUUACUACUUUUAUUUCUAUGUGUGUUUUUGAGUUGUCCUUUUGUCCUCCACUUGCCAAGGGACCCACAUGUCCUAGGACAGUGAGAAGAGCACCCUAUAAUCUGGGAAAAAUCAAGGAUUUAAUUUCAACCCUUACUAUCAGAACAGAAAACAUGUUGUUUAGAAAGAAUCCUAUUUUAAAUAUCUGUAACCACGUUUGAAUUCUCUACCCCAAGUCUCUUUUGUAAUCCUGAACUCCCAUUAGCUUCAUAGAGCAGCUGUAUUCCCAGGGGAGAAAGAUGAAUCUGGAUCAAAAACAUUGCUUUCAGUUAAUAACUAGCUUUAAAUAACUAGUGACUAGUGAGAACAAAUGUUAUAAAUAGAUAUGUGUGUAUGUACACAUACAUGUUUACCAUAUAGAAGGAAAAUGGAUUUAUAUCUGAAUUUGAUUUUUGAAUAUUUGAAGUUCUUUAUUUGUUGUUCCUUUAUCACUCUUCUGUAUUCACUCAGUAACCAUGCCCUCAGUCUGAAGAUAAAAAGGAUGUUUUGAUAUCCAGUUCUGGUUCUGACUCAACUAUGGGGCACCUUUUAUCUUGAAUAUCCAAAGAUGCCUUUUGAAUUUCAAAGGUUAAAACACAACUAGGAUAGUUAGUUUCGUAGUCUAAAGAAGUAUGUUAUCAGUUGUGAAAAUAGAGAUGUUCUUUUUCCUAGCUUAGUAUCAGCAUUUUAGGGUGUUAAAUUUGAUGCCUUGUGAACAAAAAAUUUUACGUUGUGCUUUAACUUUGUACAAGUUUUUUCUUUUUUCAAAUGUUUUCUUUCUUCAGAAUGCUUAAAAUAGCACUGUAGACAAAGUGUUUCCGAAAAUUUAAGUGUGCAUAUCUUUUAUGUACACAGCUUAAAAUCAAAAAUGUAUGUUCUUUGAGACUUUUUUCCCAUUUCUGGUGAAUCUUGCUUUAAAAUUAUUUUUUCUUAAUAUUUAUUCUACUCUAUUUUGUUAUUUUCUUUGGGUGAGGCAUCUGGUUAUUGGUUAUUUUAAUAAGAAUAAAAACAUUCCUGGAAUCACUCCCUUUGGAUUUUUUGCUUGUUUAUUUCUUACUUUUCUAUACUUAAAAAUAUUAUUUUGACAAAUGUACAAUAAAUAUAAAUUAAAAAUAUAAAUUCAUGCCAAAUUACUAUUUUUACACUAAGUUGCUAUAGUCCCUCCGAAAGUUUAUCUAGUAUGAAUCACCAAAUAAACACAAAAGUAUGAAAUCUUGUUCUUCAAUUUAAAGUGCUUCUAUAAUGGCAUUGAUAAUGGAUACCAUCAGUAGCCAAAACCAGGUGUCUCAACCUUGUGGUUUUAGUUAAAUGUUUAACUAAACAUUGUUAAACAUUGAUUGUUUGGUACCCAACAGAGCAGUGGACAAUGUUGUGCAAUAAUCAUCUACUACAGUUAAGAUAUUUAGUAGUUUGUUUUUCCAUAAGCAUGUAAUUGAUUAUAUUUCUGCCAAGGAUGUGCCUUCAAAUUUAUAAUUAUAGUAUUGCAGAGAAA